UGCUUUCAAAGGCACAGCAACAACGACGCGCUGUUUGCAAAAAAGAACUCAAUUUUAGGAUUUCUCUUUAGAAUUGUUGAGUAAUAGGAAAUGGAAUCGCCAGCGGUGAACGAAGUCGCAGCGGGCUUGGGCGGUGAAAAACUUGAGGUGUUUCGCAAGCUAAAUCUUCUGGAACAGCAUCGCGUGGAGAGCUACAAGAGUUGGCCCUUCCCAGAGACCGCAUCCUGCAGUAUUUCGAAGAUGGCCGAAGCGGGGUUCUAUUGGACGGGCACCAAGCGGGAAAAUGACACUGCCACUUGCUUUGUGUGCGGGAAAACCCUCGAUGGCUGGGAACCCGAGGAUGAUCCGUGGAAGGAGCACCUUAAGCAUGCACCCCAGUGCGAGUUCGCGAAGCUGUCCUGUCCAGAAAGGGAUCUAACCGUGUCACAAUUUCUCGAAAUUCUUGGAACCGUUGUUAAAGGCAGCAUAGAGAAAACCUGCAAAGCCUUCAAAUCGAGCUUCAUUCGGGAAAACGAGGAGCGUCUGGAUGAGUUUACGCAUAAUCAAAAAUAGAGCGCUAAUUUUUUAAACCUUUAAUAUAUAUAUAUAACCUGCUAUUUAUCAUGAUUGUCAAUAAAACGCAAUGUUAGUCCCAUUGAAUGUACCAAAA